CUUUAAACAUGCAAUCACCUGAGAUGGCAACCUGAGGAAUUUUUAAGUAGUCUAAGAGGGUAACAAAUACUUUGAUAGAAAAGAUCGUUUUCUUAUAGCUAAGAGCCUGCGAAGGAGGGGUGGCCACAGGGUGGGGAAGCCCCAUGGGGAGCAGGCAGCCAGCCAGGUCAGGUUGGGUAGUCCACAUUUCCACAUGGGAGAUUUGGGCAAGGCCCUGUCCUACUCAGAGCCUCGUCCCACACCUGUCAAUUUCCUUCCUGUCUCCCUCCCAGGGAACAGAUGGGAAUCCCUUUGGAGUGCUCUAGAAUGACAAGGGGUCCCUGUUCUCUCAUUCCCUGUUCUCAGGGCCCUUUAAGAACAGUUCUCAGGAAUUGCAGAUGAAACCAGUCAGAGAUGUGAGCAGGACUCUAGGCAGAGUUUUGGGGAGGUGUGACCAUUGGUUAACCCAGUCUGAUCCGCAGAGAACGAGACUGGUAGUGUUGCAGGAGGGCUCAGACAGAGACUGAGAGAGCACCAAAACUUUUGGGAAGCAAGUUUAUUAAGCAGGCCAGCGGUGACUCAGUGGACUCGAGUCCAAAGGCUGAGCCCCGAGAACAAAGGGGGCUUUCCUUAUAUGCCAUUUAGAACAGGUUCCAGAAAUGGUGUGUGUGUGAGGUACAGCAUUCCAGAAAUGGUGUGUGUGUGGGGUACAGCUUGUCCAUACAUGAUCACAUGUUAUUUCAUUGGCUGUUUCAACCUCUGGGGCAAGGUGACUCUCCUCUGGUCUCCAGGUAACAUUCCCCAACUCUGGUUUUCCAGCACUCACUAAUCUGUCUUACUCCUCUCUGCCUUCCUGCCAUAGCACCAGACGAUCGCACCCCUUUUUCUCUGAUCUCAAGGUCAGUCAGUACUGGGGAAUUCGGGUGAAUUGGAAGUGCAUACGCCCUCUAGGGGCCCCACUUCCACAGGGAGCCAGAGGGGUCAGAGAGGUGCUGGAGAACUUACUGGGCAUUUCCUGGCCCAUUUCAGGGGCUAAGUGGUCCACUGGGACACCACCCUGGCCCCUCCAAUCUGUCACUGCUGGUUGUCCUCCUUCUCAUAGGAGCAGAAAAUAUUCCCCACCCCCCACUUCCCUUGGCGUUGUUUGCUCUGUUUCUCUUUCAUUUUUACUUUAGAUUGCAGUAGUAGGCCUGUCUGUGAACCUCAGAGCAGAAGCCAGUGGGGCGUCUGGGCCUGGGACAUUUUGACCAGGGGCAUGGAGUCUCUGUCACGCUGGGGGGUCUCCCUACUGGAGCCAGGAGCCCAAAACAACACUUUGAGACUGGCGCUGUGCCUUUUCCUCCUGGGUUACCCCCAGUGCAUUCUGUCCCAGCCCCUGUGCAGAGAGGAGGAGUAUCCAGUGGGCACUGAGUGUUGCCCCAAAUGCAGCCCAGGUUACCAUGUGAAGCAAGCCUGCAGUGAGGUAACUGGCACAGUGUGUGUACCUUGCCCCUCAGAGUACUACACCGCCCACCCCAAUGGCCUCAGCCAGUGUCUGCCCUGUGGAAAGUGUAAGCCAGCUGCCCUUGCCAGACCUCUCAGCUCCUUGUCUUCGGGCCUAGAGAUGGGCCUGGUGGCCUGGCAGGAAUGCUCCCGCACCCAGAACACAGCCUGCCACUGCAGCCAAGGCCACUUCUGUGUGUCUGAGAAUGAGGACCAAUGUGAAAUGUGCUUGCCUCACACCACCUGUGCCCCGGGCCAGAGGGUGCAGAACAGAGGCAACCACAGUCACGACACAGUGUGUGCUAACUGCCCACCAGGGACCUUCUCACCUAAUGGGACCCUAGAGCAAUGUCUACCAUGGACCAGGUGCCAGAUGUGGCUUCAGAAAGAAUCAGAACCUGGCACCAGCAGCACAGAUGUUACUUGCUCCCUCUCAUGGAGCGUGUGUUUGCUCUUGGCUAUCCUUGUCAUCUGUGUUGUCGUAAUAAUCGUCAUAAUCUUGUGGAAGCAAAGAAACAAGACAACCAGCCGUGGGAUUAUGGCGGUGUUCUCUGACCAGCGGAAAAGACAGAAUGAAGCCAGCAAGUCUGCAGUUACUGAGGACCUGCAAACCAGGGAAGCCAUCACCAUUGUGGCUGUGGAGGAGACAUCUCCCAUGUUCCCCAACCGCUGAUCAACAGAAUGGGCAACUGGAUAGCUCAGACAUCUAGAGUGGCCCCUGAUGGACACUGGUGGUGGUGUGAUCCCCGUCCUGGGCUUGGGCUUGCGGCAGCCUUCAGCAGUGGGAGAGAUGGGCUCGCUGCUCAGGUCCCAGGGGUUGUCACAUGUCUUUCCCUUCCAUCAAAUUGGGUCCAGAGGCCUCCUUCCUGCCUGCUCUGGUGCUGCCUGAGCUCCCUCUGUCAUACCAGCACACUGAAGAUGCAUGACAGCUGCUGCCAGCCCACUGCACUGCUUCCUACACCUCGCAGUUGGCCCAGAAUGGCACUUAUCCAGCCCCAGCUCUCUGCCUGUCCUGGGUCCCGGUGAGCCUCAGCUUGCCCGUCUGAAGAUUGGGCCUGCAGGCACUACCUCAUGGGGGUGGGAACUGCACCUGUGUGAUUGCUCAUCUUGGUUGUCACUUUGGCAGGGUCCUCCUCCUUAAGUUUCUCGUACAGCUGGGAUGACAGGUCUGCACUACCAUACCGAGCCUCCCUCCUUUAUUCUAUUUGUCAUUGAAAAUACAUGUCUUGUUGAAUGUUUUUUAAAUUUUUUAAUAUUUUUAUUUAUUUUUUUGGUGGUACUAGGGUUUGAACUCAGACCCUUGCGCUUGCUAGGCAAGCCCCCAGCCCUGAAAAAAUAUAUUUUGUUUAGAUGCUUUGUCACUGUGCAAAUGUGUUAUGUUUCAUCAAACUUUCGUUGCACCAUGAUUAUGCUGGUGGCUGCGACAUGGUGACAUGUGUCCAUGGCAGGAGGAGCACCCCAUCCCACCAUGUGCCCACUCACUCACACACUGAUGUGAUAAACUCAUGUCUCCUCUUCUCCUCACUGGGUUCAGUUCCAUCACUGACGUCAUUUCCUGGCCCUGGUGUUUUGUGAGUGUCCCAGCUGAGGGACAAGGCUUGUGGGGCCACAGGGCUGGGUUCUUGGCCCAACUUGCUCUUUGCAUCCCAGUGGGUGGAGUAGCUCAGGUGCACUAGCAAGGGACUCUGAGGUAGAGUCUUGGAGAAACCAGAGGGGGAAAAGGGAGAUACUGCACUGCUGUGGCCUCCUGAAAACCUCAGCUCUGAGUCACCACCUGGCAUGGCCACAAGACCGUUCUCUUCCAGUUCCUGGACAGCAGCUGCCCAUGGCAGCUGGAGUGGCUGAGGGAAAGCCCUGGGUGUGUUGGCUGUGGGACUGCAUUACCACCUGUUUCAUGGAAGCUCCCGGGCCACUCUUCGAGGUCAGAUGGCGCCUGUCUGCACAGACCCCUUUGCCAAAGGUAGUCCUACCCACCAUGCUGUGCACCUCACCCUCCUCCCAUCCACACAGGGAGGGCUUAGCCCGAGGGGCCUGAGCCCCGCUGGCCCUCCCUACUGCACCUCCCUACUGCACCCGUGCACUGCCACAGCUGGCCAGGAACUCCGAGGGCUGCCAUGUGGACCACCUGGGUGUCUGCCUAGAGUGAGCUCCUCUCCCUGCCUGCUGCUAUCUUGGCAGGAGCUGGGCAGGACCAGGUGGAAGCUACAGCUUGGGGCUCAUAGGGACACUUAGCUGUGUCCCAUGUGGAAAGUCCUCCUCUCUGGCACUGAAAGUGGAGUUUUGAACCCAAGGCCCCAACUCCUGGGAUUCCACAUGCCAUUCCAGCCACCUGCCCCUGUACACCAAAUAAAGAAGCAUAGUGAAGGACAGAGAAAGGAGGUUUAUUACAGGGCUCAGACAUGAUGUGGGAAGAGCAGAGAAGGCACUCAGCCUGUUUUCAGCCAUCUUUAGGGUACAGACAUGAGCUAUAGGUUUAAGUGGAUGGGGGCAGGGCACAAAUGUAUGCAUAGUUAAGCAGUCCCAGUCACAGGUGUGUUCUGGCUGACCAUUAUCUCAGUCCCAGGGCUCUGAGAAGGGGUCUGGAGAAGUUCUUACCGCUGUCAUCACUUGAGGGGAGCAAUCUGGUUCCCAUGAGAUGAUUACUCCUGCUCCAGGGUGCAGCUCCAUCACUACAGGUAAUUGUCCUCAUUUGGGGGGUGCAGGAAAGAAUGGCUCAAAGGAUAAUAGUUACAAAAUGGAGGCAGAUACCAAGCUUCUCCUGUGUUUAGUUAAUUCAUGGGCCCAAGGAAGGAGUCAGUGCUUUUCAGCAAAAGCAGCUUAAGCACCUCUCAAAACACCAGGACCCCAAACCCUGCCCCCAGAGCUAUAUGUAAUGUUCCUGAGGUAGUGCUCCAGGUGUCACCUUAGUGGGUGGGUCCUUCACCCAGCAGCCACUGUCUCCCUGGAGCUCGUGAUUCCCAGCACUGUGGGCCCCAGCCAUGGUGUCGUGGGCUUCUGAAUAGCCUCCCUGCCAAUGGGCCAGGGUUGAGACACCACCCUACAGCUGUGGGAAGAUGGGGACCUGAGGUCAGGGAGAGUGUGCUCAGCCUAGAGAGGGGUAGGUAGCACAGAAGCAGGGGAGAGAGGAAAGGUGACAAGAUGUAGCCAGAACCUUGGUGAGUGGGUAGUGGCGGGACCACCACAGUGGGGCUGAUAGUGCUGUAUGGCUGGAGCCCAGGUGUCAGCUCCACAGGCUGGGCCCAUAUAAGCAGACAGCCCCAGCCUGCUGGUGCGGGUCUGGCCUCUGUAUCCCAGCUACCCAGCUGCUCAGUCAGGACCCACUGGGCCAGCAGUGCCUGUAAGUACCCUUGGCCAAGGGAGGGAAGUAGCUGGGGUUUGGCUGGCCUGAGCAGCCUGCAGCAUGCCCACAAGGACACUGGGCAGGGAGGAAACAUGGUGACCAGUUGAGAACCCGGGGUGAGAUGAGAGGGGCAGUAGGCAGCCCAGGAGGGCAACCUUGGUGGGCAGCCCAGGGACUCAGGGCCAGCUCUGAGGGCCAGGUAUCCAUCAGACAAAGUAGAUGGGGAUGGUAGUGUUGCAGGAAGUUGCUAGUUGAGAUACGGGACACUGAGGCAAUUUAGCAGGAAGCAAUGUUUUAUUGUGUCAGCACAGACCCAGUGGACUCGUGUCCAAAGGCUGGGC